CGGCCGGCGUCAGCGGCGGCCCCGCUUCCCCCGCCGCCGCGGCCCGCUCAGCGCCGCGCCCGCCCCGCGCUGCCGCGGCCCCGUGCCCGGCAUCCCCGGUCCGGUCCCGGCUGCCCCUCGCUCUCCCGGCGCGCUGCCGGGCGCAUGGCGGCGGGGCCGGGCGGCGCGGCCCUGGGGCGGGCGGCGCUGGCGGCGCCGCUGGUGCUGCUCUACUACGGCUUCUCCAUCGGCAUCACCUUCUACAACAAGUGGCUGAUGAAGAGCUUCCCGUUCCCGCUGCUGGUGACGCUGCUGCACCUGCUGCUCAUCUUCGCUCUGGCGGCGCUCGCCCGCGCCCUGGAGCGCUGCCGCUCCGGGCGGCCGCGGGCAGCGCUGUCCUGGGCCGACUGCCUCCGCCGGGCGGCCCCCGCAGCUCUGUCAACUUCCUUGGAUAUUGGGCUGAGUAACUGGAGCUUCCUGUAUGUCACUGUCUCCCUCUACACAAUGACCAAAUCCUCUGCCAUUCUCUUCAUCCUGCUUUUUUCACUGCUCUUCAAGCUGGAGGAAAUGAGGGUGACGUUGCUGCUGGUGGUUCUGCUCAUUGCUGGGGGACUCUUCAUGUUCACCUACAAGUCCACACAGUUCAACGCGCAGGGGUUCGUGCUGGUGCUCUGUGCCUCUUUCCUGGGGGGCAUUCGCUGGACUCUCACUCAGAUACUGAUGCAGAAGGCUGAACUGGGGCUCCAGAAUCCCAUUGAUAUCAUGUUUCACCUGCAGCCGCUGAUGUUCCUGGGGCUCUUCCCACUCUUUGCGGUGUUUGAGGGCCUUCCUUUGUCCAUAUCAGAGAAGCUCUUCCGUUUCCAUGAAGCAGGAAUGCUGUGUACUCUGGUAGGGAAGCUGUUCUUGGGUGGAAUUCUUGCCUUUGGUCUAGGCUUUUCUGAGUUCCUCUUGGUUUCCAGAACAUCCAGCCUCACCCUUUCCAUUGCUGGCAUUUUUAAGGAAAUCUGCAUUUUAUUCCUGGCCACACAUUUACUGGGGGACCGCCUCAGUCUCUUGAACUGGCUGGGCUUUGCUGUCUGCCUGUUAGGAAUCUCCCUCCACGUUGUUCUUAAAGCCAUGAAUUCCAAAGGUGACAAAGCACUGGAGCCACACAAAGAGGCCAGCUCUGACCCUGACCUGCAGCUGCUGCUGCGCCACCCCGAACAGGGUGAGGAAGAGGAAGAGCUUGUGGAAACCCCACAACAGCACUGACUGGACAUGAAGCACAAAGCCACCUGCUCUGUUCUUACCAAACCUGCCUGACAGCUAUCCAGGAGGAAGGUCCAGAAGUCUCUGUGACCACCCAAAGCAGAGCCAGGGCUCGGGGAGAGAGUUCUGCUGUUUUGCUGCAGUGUGGAUCU